GUGUCCAUGGGGAUGAGGUGAGUGAUCAGAAGAGGGACCCAUGAUUGGCAGAGGUGGGGGCAACAAGAAAUGGGAACAGAGUGAGGCAGGGCUGGGCAUCUUGUAGAGUGAACUGAGGCUGGUGUCUACCCACAGCCACUCCUUGUAUCCUUAGGCCCUCAUGGGGACCUUUGCCCCACCACACCCCAGACCUGACAGCGUGUCUCUGCCAGGACAAGUUUGUUGUCUGCUCUGAGCUACCAGGCCCUGCCAGGAGCUCCAGGCCCAGCUGUGUCCCAUCCCUUUGGAGUAGCUGCUUCAGACUAGGAAGCACUGAGCUCCAGUGGUUGAGGGAACCAUGGAGGAGAGAGCUGGUCAGCAAGAAGAGGAGAGACGCAGCCUUCGUCUGGAAAAGCUACAGCACUGGGCGAAGCAUAGGCAGAGUGGGCACCUCCUGGUGCUGGCGGUGAGCCAGCUAUGGCUGGCAGUGGCUGUGGUGCCCUUUGCUGUCUCAGUUGCUUGCCUGAACUCUGCUUGUCACAUGGCCACAGCACUGCCGCUUGGGCCUGGAGCAUUGGGACUCCUCACUGGGACUGUUACCCUUGAGCUGCGCAGAGCACCCCGCUUCUGGAAGGUACGGGCCAUGAUGAUAUUCAACACCUUCAAUCUGAUCUUGGGCUUCAUAGCAGUGGUGGUCGAAGUGAUGAAGACAGCCUUGGGGCCUGCCUCAACUGCCCCCUCCCAGCUGGCCGGCUUGCUGGUGCUGGAGCUUAGUGCUGAGGCCUUCACCCUAGGAGGAGUGCUGGUCUCAGCAUACUCCCUAUUCCUGUUAAGCCAGAGGAAGCCAGGAUGCUGCAGGAGCCAGAGUCGCCACUACCAGGAGCUACAGGAGGGUCUCUCUGAGUUGGAGGAAGUUCCUGAUUUGGAGAAUGGUCCCAGGGUGGCCAGCACAGCAAACGGAACAAAUGAGUGACCUGGCAAGAGGAAGCAGACAGGUGCUGCUCUCCUACCCUGCGGGAGCGUUCUCCAAACCCUCCUGCACCUCACCACACCGAACUCAGAAGCUAGAGGGGGUCCCUUGAGACCUACAUGAAGUCCGGUGGAGUGCCUUCGAUUUUCACUCAGACUAGGCCCCUUUCUAGACUCUAGACCGGAGUCUUCCCUCACCUCACCACCCUGCAAAGCUGCCUUCUUGCAGGGUAUCCUUAAACCAACUUUCAGCUAUACCCACUUCUUCCUUUCCAUCCUUACACUCCUUCCUCACCGCUUCCCCAUACAACUUCACAUCUGCCUCAUCUCACUAUUUCUCUUCUUUCCAUCUUUCACAAUCCCAUUCACUCCAAGCCUGGUUCUCCUACACACCUACUCUCUGAAAUUAAUUCAUGGGUGCUUUAGUUCUCUCCCUUCCAUUCAGUUGCUUUCUACUCUAAAGGAGACUACAAGUCCCAGGAUGCCCCGCUGCCCCGUGGC